CUCUUCUAGAGAAACCCUCAACCAUUUUUUCAUCCUCCUAAAAUCAAUGGCCCGUAGAAUAGAAAGGUGCAAUCGUUGCGGGGUUGAACUUCUAGUACCAACUGACACACAAAUUGUUCGGUGUGCUGUAUGUCAAGCGAUCAUCAAUAUUAAACACAGUAAUAACUUCAACAGCUCGUUGAUUCACGCCCAAGACUCGAUCCAUCAUGCUGCCUCGAUGCUUAGAAAUGCCAUAGGUUCGGUUAUGGCAGUGAAUUCAGCUUUCGGAAACAGUUCCUUGCAAGCCGGAGGCUAUGGCUAUUAUCUUCAGCCGCCUAUGGAGACUCCAAGGCCGACACCGUCGACCGGUUUACCACUGCCUUCGGUGUUCGGAAGGAGGCGGGCCGUGCUUUGUGGAGUGAGCUAUCUUGGUCAGAGUUGUAGUCUUAAAGGAAGUGUUAAUGAUGUAAACUGCAUGAGAUAUUUUCUCGUUGAGAAAAUGGGGUUUCCUAUUGAAUCCAUACUCAUCCUAACAGAAUAUGAGGCAGACCCUCUAAGGAUCCCAACAAAAAGAAACAUGCAAAUGGCCUUGCGGUGGCUGGUACAAGGCUGCCAGCCAGGAGACUCCUUAGUGUUUUACUUCUCCGGCCACGGCUCAAGGCAGCAAGAUAGCGACGGUGAUGAGAUCGACGGCUUCGAUGAAACAUUGUGCCCGGUCGAUUAUGAGACCGAAGGGAAUAUUCUUGACGAUGAAAUUAAUGCUACCAUUGUUAGGCCACUUCCUCAGGAUGCGACUCUUCACGCCAUCAUCGAUGCGUGUUACAGUGGAACUGUCCUUGAUCUCCCCUUUGUUUGCAGGAUGAACAGGGAAGGAUACUAUAUGUGGGAAGAUCAGCAGCGUUCAUCGGUUAAUAAAGGAACAAGUGGUGGUUUCGCUGUUUCUAUAAGCGCUUGUGAUGAUCACCAAACCUCUUCAGACACUAGUGCUUUAUCAGGAAACACUUUAACAGGAGCCAUGACAUACAGUUUCAUACAAGCUGUGCAAAAUGAGCCAGGACUGACUUAUGGGCGCUUAUUGAGCGCAAUGCGAACCACAAUUCGUGAAGCUAAAACUGGCAUACGCCUCAGAGGUCCCAUUGCUUCUCUUGUCAACAAAAUCCUUCGUACGGAAUUGUCGCAGGAGCCUCAGUUGUCCUCAUCCGAGAAAUUUGACAUUUAUUCCAAGCGAUUUGCGUUGUAGUUAACCGCCUGAAUCUUUGUGGAUUACUCAAUUGUAAAAUAUGCACAUGCAUAAAACUGAUUAUAAGCAAAGCUCCAAGUUAGGUGUAAUAUAACUACCGAAAUUCAUGUGUAAAACGUGUAAUAUAA